CCCCCGCCCCUCGUAUACACACUCUUUUCAAGUAAAUAUUUUUUCCAUCGAUCUAAAGAAGAAUUGAGCAAUCCUUUUUUAAUAUCACGGUAGUCUGAAUAAUGUUACCACCCGCCACUCAGUUUUAAAAUAUCAAACAUACGAUAUAAAAAUUAAAAUUCGAUGCACAAGAUCACGUUUGGCUGUGGUUUGACUUAAGUCCCAAAGCCAACACUUUUAUUUUGAAAACCGGAAAUUUUGAACGCUACGGUAGGAAGCUGGCUGCAUGUGCUACAAAAAAAACAAUAACAAGUUACGCGUUUGUGCCGUAAAGUUUUGUUCAAAAUGGGCCGUUAUAAGUGUGCGUACCAGUGCGAAAGCUCCGACGAUCCAGACGAGAAGUACUUCAAGUUCCCGCUGUGCAACGAGCGACGCCUGAAGAAAUGGCUGGCCAACAUGAAGUGGAAGGACUGGACUCCCUCUCGCUUCUCUGUGCUGUGCAGCAAACACUUUGAGGAGCAGUACCUCGACCGAACCGGAAAGUGUGUCCAGCUUCGGGAAGAUGCAGUUCCCACAAUAUUCCUGCCUCAGGACCAGGCCAGAAAAACCAAGACACCCAGGACUCCAAAAGUAAGAAGAAAAAAGCAAGCGAGCACCGUUGCCUCACGGCCAAGUUCGGACGUGCCCUCGACGACAGCGAUCGCGGACGAAGAAGAGCUCGCGGAUGCCGACGCGGAGGGGGAGCUGCAGGACAAAGCGCUAAAGUGGAGGAUCAUCAUGGACCAAAGCCUCGUCAAGAUCACAUCCUUGCCACACUUUUUCCACGGAGAUUAUUGCGCCAAUCAGGAUGUUCAUUGGGCUCCUGUGACCUCUGCUGAGGAGACGGAUGGCGUAAAUCCUGAAAAGGUGAUCGAGGUGACUGCGGCGUGGCAGUGGCUGGGCUUGGACGUGCGGGGUCCUCUCCCUGCGACGCACAACGGGCACAAGUACGUGGUGACGCUGAUUGACUAUUACUCCAAGUGGGUGGAGGCGGCAGCCGUGCCGUCGUGUCUGCCCGCGCACGUGGCCAAGCACAUCGGCGACGCUCUCGCCCACUUCGGCGUACCGCUGCGGAUCCUCUCCAGGCUGCCCCGGGAUGCCAUCGUCCGGAUCAAUCAAGAACUGGCCAGACAGCUGACGACUGACGCGCCGCUUGUUGUUCAACAUCCGCACACGGGCGCCAUCGAUCUAAACACUCAGCACGUGAUUGACAGGAUGGUGAGCGACCUGGUGGAUGAGCACACGGCAGACUGGGACGUCUUCCUUCCCGCUAAGGUGUUCACUCUCUGCUUCCAAGAACAUUCCCACACUAAGGAGAGGCCCUUUGCGCUUCUCUGCUGCCGGGAUUCUGAACUCGUCCACUCUCCGGGACUGCACGAUGUUUUCUUAAUGAUCCGGCGUCAUAAGACGACCAUUUUCACCGAUGCCAAAGAGUCCACCUCUGUGUACGAGCUGAAGCGCAUCGUGGAGGGCAUCCUAAAGAGGCCACCUGAGGACCAGAGGCUCUACAAGGACGACAUGGAACUGGAUGACACGCAGACGCUCGGAAACUGCGGCUUCACCAACCAGACGGCGCGGCCUCAGUCGCCUGGCACCGUGGGUUUAGCUUUCAGGCUUAGCGAUGAUUCAUUUGAGCAGCUGAGGAUGGAGCCCUUCUCUACCCCCCCGGAGCUCCCGGACGUCAUGAAGCCACAGGACUCAGGCAGCACAGCCAACGAACAGGCCGUUCAGUGAGCGAGGUGGGAGGGGGCCGUUGGGGGCGGGGGGCACGCAUUGAGGAUUUGGGGAAGCGGACGACGAGAUCUCCAGCUGGACAGAAGCAAAACACGGGUUGUUGUUAUGUGAGUGAGCAAGCGAGCGGUGCGUUUGUGUGCAUGCUACGAAACAUUGUCACAGCCCAGACUGGUCGCAACACUGUCACCUGCUCAACACCAAGCGUUGUACCUCUUUAUUUAAUUGAGUCUUUUAUUUUUAAGCUGUUGUUCAGAUGCCUUACUUUUUUUUUUUUUUUUUUUAACUGGCUUCAAUGAUGGCAUCGAGCAGGAGAGACCUUUUUAUGCUUUUUCUUUGUAUUAAACUAUUAGGAACAUUUCUAUCAAUUAAACAAUUAGUAACAUUUCACUUUAUUUCUUUGGCCUAGUUUAAAAAGAAAUGAUCAUUUCCUACAGCCAUUGAUCCAUUUUAAACCCCCCAAAAAUUGUCUGACUAAAGACUAAAUAAAUGUAUGCUUGUA